UGUUUUAGACUGGUUGAAUGAAAAGGAAGUUGGCCCAUCGACUCCAAGUACAGUAGCAACGCUAGAAUCAGACUUCUGCAGUAUACCUCAGUACAUGAACAUCAUUUCAUCAAAGGUCAUCAUUCUUGUUCACUAUGCCGUCGACAAGGGGUGAUCAGUGGACUUACAAGAAGGUCCUUGGAUCGGGAUCCUUUGGAGAAGUCCUCCUUUAUCAGUUUGGUGACACCCAUCAGUAUAUGGCUGUCAAGAAAUGCAAGACGGUUCUCCAGAGCGAUAACCUAAAGAGAUGGAGGGAUGAGGUUGAUUUCAUGAGGGAACUGAGACACACCCACUUGGUGCAAGGUCUUCCUGUGCCCCCAGGUCUGGAAGCUAUACCUUCGGAGCCCCCAUGUCUGGCGAUGGAGUACUGUUCCAGGGGUGAUCUACGAAAGAAAUUAUCAGAGAUGACGAACAUGUGUGGGCUUCCCGAGUCGGAGGUCCUCUUAUUGGCCAAGCAUAUAUCCUCCGCGAUGGAAUACCUUCACAAUCACCAUAAAUCAAUAAUACACAGAGAUAUUAAACCAGAGAAUAUCAUGCUGCAAGAUCAAGAUGGACGGACCAUUUACAAGUUGACGGAUCUAGGAUUUGCCAAAGACAGUAAAAACCAACCCGCCGUCUCCUUUGUGGGAACCAAAGAGUACAUGGCACCGGAACUAUACUCACAAACAGAGUAUACAAAGACUGCCGACUAUUGGAGUUUUGGAACCGUCCUAUCAGAAGCAGUUACGGGUAAUAGACCCUUCAUGUUGUCUAAUCUACCUGUUAUGAAAUGGCAUGAAAUCAUAGCUAAUAAGGCAGAGACACACAUAGGUUAUUAUGAAGAUUGUACUGGGAAACUUGACUAUGCAAGCAAUCUACCCCAGCCCCAUCAAUUGUGUCGUCCGCUGCAGGAAACCCUUGAGAAGUUACUUGCUCUCCUGUUAAAUGGAAACUCAAGUAGAAGAGGAGGUAGUCUAAAAAAUGAUAAACCUGUUUUCUACCACUGGAUUGAUGCUAUCUUCAAUUGCAAGAUUAUCCAUGUACGCGAUAUGACGGAUGGUACGAUGUCAUCAUUCCCUACCCGGAGCAACGACACAGUCAGUGAUCUCAAGAAGACCCUGAACAGCGUGACCAAACUUCCUGCGGAUCAUCAUAUCCUCCUACUUGCCACUGGGGAUAGGCUGGUCCACGAAUCUGCAAUUCUUCAUGAUGUCUUCAAGAAUCAUCAAGGGGACUGGAUUGUAUACUUGUAUCCCAAGCAAAUUCCCAUCGAUGACAGGAACUGCUUCGUUUCUCCUCAAACUCCAAUGACCCCAAUGGUGUCUGCUUUGAUGAAUGCUGAACACCUUCAGGUGUCUGAGAAUGGCUUCAAAGUGAUGUGGAAACAGACCGUUCAUUAUUGUUAUCAACUAAUACGAGAGGCUGCAGCAAGAGAAACAGGAUUCUUAGCAUUCAUGACUUAUAACCUGAGAUACAAGGCUUGUAUGAUUCAGGGAUGCGAGGAAAUGAAGAGAUGUUUCCACAGGUUACAGGCCAAAGCAGAGUUCUUCCUUGACAGUAUGAAAUUUGACACCCAGCGCUAUGCCCACCAAGUAGCUACAGGUUUCAGUUCCGCAGCCUUUUAUGACUCGUUAAAGCAGAUGGAGGAUAGGGUCAAAGACAUAACUCAAGAACCAGAAGAAGAGGUGGCUCAAAUUGGGAAAAAGGUUGAUGAGACUGUGACGGCCAUUUACGAGAUGCAGAAGAAUGCGGAGAGGCCGAAAAUAGUAGCCAGUCUACAAGAAACGAGCAAGAAGUGUGAUGCUUGCUUCAAAAAGUUCAAAGAAGAGAACAAGGCAAAGAGAAGAGAAAACAUGGAUAUUUUGAGUAUUAAAACUUUGAUUGAUCAGGCUUUCAGUCAGUAUUGUGAAUACAACCGGGAUAUCUAUAAAAAAAUGAGAGAGGUUCAGUAUUCCUGCUUGAGGAUUGAUGAGGUAAUGGAGAAUAUGCAGGACUGUGUGAGGAGGAUGGAGGAAUCGCAGACAUUCGUCUUAUCACAGCAGAAGAAGAAACAAGAUAACAUGUGGAAUGUAUUAAAUGUCACCGUCAUGAAGAAAAAGGAAUCCGAAGCCCAAAUGCAGAGGCAGCUGUCAAGGUCAAGGAGUCUGGUUGGACCGUCCACGCCCCCUUCGGCUGGGUCCAGUGGUGGUGGAGGUGGGGGUGGUGUUCCCCAGGGGCCUAUCUUUGACCCUCCUGGUGAUAUGGAGGAAUCCAUGUCUAUUCUCAAUGAGAGCAUGCAGAUACAAUCAGAUUUCGAUACAGAGUUUAAUUCCCUCACCACCGAGCAAAGACAGCUCAAGGAGGAGUUGAGAGGAUUUGAUUGGACGCAUUUAGAAUGAAACUGGAACGUAAGGGGGUACCGAGCACACCCCUAUCCAACCCUGCUACCAGCUUACCUUGCCCCUCAUCAUCAUCAUUUCAGAGAUGCACUCCCGUUGCCAUAGUGAUGGAUGAUGAGCUGCUCCUGUCUUGACUUACCUUGAAUACUUUAGCUUUACUCCAUUCGAGAUGAAAGAGCACUA